CCCCCAGGUUUUCUCUCGCCUCAGAAAAUUCAAGAUGACUCACGAGUCUGUUUGGUACAGCCGUCCCCGCCAGUUCGGCAAGGGCUCCCGUGGAUGCCGUGUCUGCUCCCACCGCGCCGGUCUCAUCCGCAAGUACGGGAUGAACAUCUGCCGUCAGUGCUUCCGUGAGAAGGCCUCGGACAUCGGUUUCUACAAGUUCCGUUAAAUUCCUUCCUU